UAUAUUAUUUUAAGUCAUUUAAUGCAAAUUAUAAAAAGAGGCAGGUUGAUUACUUCUUACUCCUUCUUGGUGGUCUUAUCUUAAAGGUUGAGUUUGGCCACGUUCUCCUAGUGAGUUUAUUCACGUUUUCCUCGUUGUGAUCGUGAGGUUGACGUGGAACUCGUGAUAAGCCAUGUUCUUAAUUGAGUUAAUUUGUUAGUCCAGGGAGAGUAAAUCUCCCUGGUAAUAGAUUGCGGUUGACACCUUCUUGUUCCCAGAGGGAAUUUAAGGUGUAAACAGGAGAUACCCCUCAUGUUUCGCAACCAAAAGCAAUUUGGGGGGCGGUACUUGUGAACGCCUUUCUUCUUUAACUCUUGUGACCAAGAUGUUGUUAUGUAACAAUCUUUAAAGGUGAUUUUCUCUUAAGAUACCCUUUCAGGCAUAAAUAAUACUCGAAACCAAGGUUAUUUGUGAUUUUUAUAUUAUCGAUCUCGUUUCUGUUCUGGCCGAUCUCAACCGUAAAGGUAUGAAAAUUAAGGUCGAAAUUGAUUUUGUAAUUGCGUAAACAACUCGAAGGUGCAUACUCAGUAUGUGGGAACUGUAAUACGUAGUCAAGCGUGAUUCGCUUGUUGAGAUGGUACGAUGACGACACAAGAAGAUUGACGGCUUAGAAAUGUCAUCCGCAGUGUCACCUUCAUAAGCGCAGACUUAACUUUUCCCUGUCAGAUAGGAGUUAGUCCCCGUUGUGACAACUUGAGAAGAAAAGAAAUUAAAGAAGAAUCAACCAAACCAACAACGAGUGUUAGAGAAAUUACUUCUAACAAGCUGUCUGCGCCUGUGUAAGAGUGUGCAGCUUUUAAGUAGUUGCUCAACAUUGGAUUUUGUUUUUAUCCCGGGGAAAAUGCACCGCUCAAGUCUUCUUUUGCUGAAUUGUGUUCUGGUGAUGAGUCUCACCCAAGGAUCCACGAGUUUUAACAGCCGAACUGAUUUCGACAAUCUGUGUCAAAACAUCUGGAAUUCAGCCGGAAGCAAUCUGAAAAUCGGUCAAGAAAUAGUUCUGUAUUCUGGAAGAAAGGCAAAACCUUUAAUCACUUUGACAAAACAAGGAAAGGCAAAAGUACAAACGGAUGUUUUUGUUAAAUUUCAAGCUUUGUUAGACAACUACGAAGCAGACGAAAAUCUUCACGAGAAGCCAUCUGUUACCAAACAACGAGAGGAAGAUGCUUUUAUCGACGCCAUCAUCAAGACCAAUAGAGGACCAAUGCAGAUUGUUUUCGACUAUCUAAGAAAAAAAGGCAAAGUUUCUAUGAAGUGUAUCGAUCAAUUUAAGCCCGUCCUGAAGGAAAUGUGGUUCGAAAAAUACUCUAAGAGAGGACGGGGCCUAAAAUCUUCUGGUUUUGAACACACGUUUGUUGGAGAACUGGGGUAUAGUAGAGGCAGUAAUACUAAGAUCACCAAAGGCUUCCACAACUGGUUCCAGUUUCUUACGGAGCGGACAUUAGGAAGAUUGACAUAUCACCCUCCUCUUAUUUCCAAAGAUGUUUCUGUUGAGCCGGCCUUAGUAAGAGCGAGGUUCCAAUGGAGGGGGAAAAGGAAGCCUCCAGGCAGCAGCUUUUUCGUGGGCACCAGUCCUGAUUUUGAGAUGGCUUUGUAUACAGCUUGCUUCUUCGAGGGAACUAACUGCUCGUGUAAACUUAACGGGAAACAGCUAAGUUUCAAAACUAUUAAGUUCUAUAAUAAAAGGAACAUCCUCACAGCAUACCCAACAGUUUGAGAAAAAUGCGUCAGUGGGUACCCUGGUAGCGUCUUAGUCAGUCAUUUUCCAUGGCAAGGAAAGAAUGUGAAUAAAAAUAAAUGUCAUUUAAGUGUCAAAUUAA